AUGGCGGAACUCGAAACCAACUAUUAUGAGAGGGAACAAGGGAGGUAUUUAAAGAAUGGCGUUUGGGUUUUGCCAUCGCUUUUGCGGAGGAAUGUGCCACCGCCAAGUGCCAACCCAACUCCAUUAAUUCCAGAUGGAAUUCAAGAUCCAUCAUUACCUUUGGACAUGAUUCUAUAUAGAUUGCUUGUCUCCCAAUGCGAGUAA